GGCAUGCGCCAACAAAUUCCUCCAAACUUAUUUUAAGUCUUUAUCCUUCAACUCUCUCACUCAUCAUCAUCUCUUACCAACUCUCCUCUCCUCUCCUUUAUAUAUAUAUAUAUACGCUGUAAGAACCCGCAGACAUACUCCAACUCCGCACCUAUCUCUGCGACAAAACCAGAUCAGACCCAGAAUUUCAAGAAGCCAGCCAUGGCCCUGCUCAGAGCUUUGAGCACCAGAAAACCCCACGGCGGCUACGAGCGGCUCGUCGACGACCCCAGCGUCGGCCUUAUGGAGGGCAAGUUGCAGAGAACGACUAGCGUGCCGGCGUCCAGACUUUUCUGCCGGUCAACAAAGUUGGUGCCGGAAAUUGAAAUACUCUACGAAGAGAAAAUUGUUAAUCCCAAAUUAGGAAAUAUCAAGCCUGCGGCUGUGGCGAAGAAUAAUGUUAAUAGUAAUAAUAAUGUGAAGAAGGCGAGCAAGGCUCACCCGCUGUUCAGUUUGUUUGACGUUCGCCGGAGCAAGAAGAAGACGACGGCGAAGCAGGAGUUCCAGAGGUAUCUGGAGUAUGUGAAGGAGGGAGGAUUGUGGGAUCGGAAUUCAAGUAUGCCUGUUAUGCAUUACAAAUAGAGAAUUUUCUGGUUAUAACACUUGUUAAGGAAGUGGGAAGUAGCAAAAUUCUUCAAGUAUGCCAGUUUGAAGAAUUUUCUAAAUGGAGAUGACCCAGAAAUUGUGAUUAGGAGAUAUGUAGGUUUAUUUCGUGAUUAAUGAGGAAGAAGAAGGUCAGUUAAAUUUCAUUGAUUGUGCUUUAAUCAA